UCAGGUUUUGAUGUGCUGCAACCAUCAACCAUCAGUCUGUGAUUUUGUGUUUACCUACAUCGGUCCCGCACAUAACAGCUGCACUAGUGACUGGUAGCGAAAACGAAAAGGAAAAGCAAAACAUCCAUUUUGCAAAAAUUGCCACUGCUGCAGUGGAAGGUGUUUUCCUGGUUCCGACACUCAUCGGUUUACUUUCGGUGGAAGCAGUGAAAACAUCCGGAAGGGCAUCAUCAUGCCGUUCUACAAGUAUUUGCUUUCGCCAAAGCUCUUCAAAGAGUACGACGGGUCGAAGGAUGUGUAUGAACCAGGAGCAUUGGAGAAAUACGGAGAUCAGCUCCUCGCUGCGCUGAAUUUGAUGUGGAGCUUUGGAUACUACACUUCGCCUCUGUUGAUUACGUUUCUGUACCGCCGAGGCUAUUUGGUAGCGGAUUCGGUCGGUACCCUAGCGAAGUUUACCACCGGGAUCGGUCUCCUGGUUGCGGUAUCGCUCUGUAUGCGUGGUCUUGGUCGAUCCAUGAACGUGGUCUAUGUGCGGUUUGCCGAGUGUCUGGAGAAUGCCAAACGGCACGACAAGGUCCCAGAAAGCAAGGAUCAAAUUCGGCGGUACGACUUUGACUUCAAGCAUUGGCCGGUGGACUUCACCGUCACUAGUAGCGUUCAGAGAGCGCAAGUCUCUCGAAACAAGCCGUUCUGGAUCUCGUCGUUGCCAUGUCAGAUUGCCGCUUAUCUCGCGAUCCACACUUUUGGAAUACGUAUGAUCUAUCCGGGGUCGGUUAAACUGCUACAAAGUUACAUUGAACCUAUGCUACUCCAGGGUCGUACUAAACUAAUCACCGAGGAAAGGGGCAAACGCAAUAAGGUGAAAACCUCGGACGGCAAUGAAAUCGAUACGGUAUUCAUAGACAAUCGCAACAAAAGUACCAACGGGCGUACACUGGUGUUCUGCUCCGAAGGCAAUGCGGGAUUCUACGAGAUUGGCAUCAUGUCCACGCCAAUUGAGUUGCAGUAUUCGGUUCUAGGAUGGAACCACCCCGGUUUUGCCGGUAGUAGUGGUUCGCCCUAUCCGGAUCAAGACCAAAAUGCGGUGGACGCGGUGAUGCAAUUUGCGAUAACAGAUCUUGGUUUUACUCCUGACAACAUCAUACUUUACGGUUGGAGCAUUGGAGGUUAUUCAACGCUGUACGCUGCCUCGCAGUAUCCCGACGUUAAGGGAGUCGUUCUGGAUGCUACCUUUGACGACGUGCUGCAGCUGGCAAUACCGAGGAUGCCGGAAAGUCUAUCCAAUAUUGUCAAGAUUGCCAUCCGAGAUUACGUCAACUUGAACAAUACGGAGUUGAUUUUGCAAUACAAUGGACCUGUGAUGUUGAUCCGACGAACGGAAGAUGAAAUCAUUUGCUCAGAAGACAACAACCUAGCUACGAAUCGUGGCAAUUUCCUACUGAUUAAUAUGCUCAAGUUUAGGUUCCCUAACAUAUUUAAGGCCGAUCAGGAAAAUCUAGCAAAAGACAUCCUUGGUAGACCAAUCGAGUUCAUGAGGGAUGAUUCUGAUGAACUUUGUCUGUCGCUACUAAUGUCUUACUUGACAGAUAAUGGUAAUAAUGGUACUUCCCGGAGUUACCCUAUCGAGAUUGGUGCCGAUUAUAGCAGUGAUCAAAGAGAUUCGAUGGCCAAGUUUCUGCUCAGGAAACACCUACAGGAUUUCAAGUCAACCCAUUGCACGCCGCUGCCUGCCGAGUAUUUUAAAGCUCCCUGGGAGAUCCCCAGCGACACGGACUUUGUAUUCACCUAAAAGGAAAAUCCUUGAUAAACAACUGUGGACUCGUACCGAAUAUGGCGAAGCACUAGCACGCAUAACGCUACAACAAAUUGUACUACGUUCCAAUACACUAUUCUCAGCUGCAGAAUAACUGUGAACCCGGUGAUUGAUAGAAUGGGGUUUUAUCCAGAUCUUUUAGUAGUGAGUGUGUGUGUGUUUUUUUUUUCAUUAACAUAUAAAAGUUGUUUUGUUUUUAAGGCA